AUAAAAAUAUUAUUAUAAAAAAAUUUUAAAAUUAAAUAAAAAGUUAUCAAGUGCGAAAUGAAGUUGUGAAAAAGUAAAACAAAAGUGAAGAAAAUAAUAUUUAAGAUAACAAAAAAGAAACACAAAAGCCACAAAAAUUGCGCCACAAGCAUUUAUGCGGCAGCUUUUAAAGUAGUCUACAAGUCGCCGCUAAGCCCUAACGGUAAAUCCAUCAGCGCAAUUUGAGGACCAGUAGAGGAAGCAGCAAACUUCCGCAGUCAGCAGCUGCCUUGACGCAGAAAGAAAGGAAAACAACCGAAACCAAAAAAAUAACAACAACAAUAAAAAUAACAAAAAAUAAACUAACAAAAACAAAAAUAAAUAAAUAAAAUAAACAUUACGAUCUUUCAACAUCACUGGCUCCAGCUACAUUCAAUACAUAGAAAAAAAUAUAUAAAUAUAUAAUAUAAUACUAAAUAACAACAACAUUACCCGCAAGCAUCAAACGGCGUAACAAAAAAGCCAAAUCAGCAACGAAAAAGUUUUUCAACUGUUAAAAAGUUUCAGCAUACGUUCCAACGUUUUACGAAAAGAUAUGACAUGUGAUGGUGUUGUAACAUUUUGGAUAUUUUUACUGCUUUCAUUAAUUUUACACAACGCCGAUUUAACGAACGGCGGCCGACCCGAUGAACUGCAUAUAGGCGGCAUAUUUCCGAUUGCCGGCACCGGAGGAUGGCAGGGCGGACAGGCGUGCAUGCCAGCUGCAAGACUGGCAUUGGAUGAUGUCAAUAAGGAGCCGAAUUUGUUGCCCGGCUUCAAGCUCAUACUGCACAGCAAUGAUAGUGAGUGUGAGCCCGGCUUGGGCGCUAGCGUUAUGUACAAUCUACUCUAUAAUAGACCACAAAAAUUAAUGUUACUAGCCGGCUGCAGCACGGUCUGCACCACCGUGGCAGAGGCGGCGAAAAUGUGGAACUUAAUAGUGCUCUGCUAUGGUGCCUCGAGUCCGGCACUCUCGGAUCGCAGUCGCUUUCCAACACUAUUUCGCACACAUCCCUCCGCAACGGUACACAAUCCGACACGUAUAAAAUUAAUGAAAAAAUUCGGUUGGUCACGUGUGGCCAUACUGCAGCAGGCCGAGGAGGUCUUCAUAUCGACCGUUGAAGAUCUCGAAAAUCGUUGCAUGGAAGCGGGCGUCGAAAUCGUCACAAGACAAUCAUUUCUAUCCGAUCCAACAGAUGCGGUACGCAACCUACGCCGACAAGAUGCUCGCAUCAUAGUCGGUUUAUUCUAUGUCGUGGCCGCGCGGCGUGUGCUCUGCGAAAUGUACAAACAACAACUGUAUGGACGAGCGCAUGUGUGGUUUUUUAUAGGCUGGUACGAGGACAAUUGGUACGAGGUGAACUUGGAAAAUGAGGGUAUCACUUGCACGAUAGAACAGAUGCGCAUUGCGGCCGAAGGACAUCUUACAACGGAAGCGCUUAUGUGGAAUCAGAACAAUCAAACGACAAUUUCCGGCAUGACAGCUGAGGAAUUUCGGCAACGACUGAAUCAUGCGCUUAUCGAAGAAGGUUACGACAUCAAUCAUGAUCGCUAUCCGGAGGGCUAUCAAGAGGCGCCGCUGGCCUACGAUGCUGUCUGGAGUGUGGCGUUGGCAUUCAAUAAGACAAUGGAACGCCUCAAGCAAAGACAGAAAUCCUUACGAGAUUUUACAUACACAGACAAGGAAAUUGCCGAUGAAAUUUAUGCGGCGAUGAAUUCUACACAGUUCCUUGGCAUAUCGGGCGUCGUUGCAUUCAGCUCGCAGGGUGAUCGUAUUGCCUUAACCCAGAUCGAACAAAUGGUGAAUGGAAAAUAUGAAAAAUUGGGUUAUUACGAUACGCAAUUGGAUAAUUUAACGUGGUUAAAUAUGGAGCAGUGGAGUGGUGGAAAAGUACCUCAGGAUCGCACAAUUGUACGUCGCGUCUUACGCACAGUAUCGCUGCCAUUAUUUGUCUGUAUGUGUACAAUUUCAAGUUGUGGUAUAUUAGUAGCCUUAGCACUUAUUGUAUUCAACAUAUGGAAUAAGCAUAGAAGAGUCAUACAAUCAUCACAUCCUGUAUGUAAUACCAUAAUGCUCUUUGGAGUCAUCAUAUGCCUGGCAUCAGUCAUACUCUUGGGUAUGGAUGGGCGAUUUGUCAGUCCACAGGAGUAUCCAAAAAUAUGUCAAGCGCGCGCUUGGCUUCUAACCACCGGUUUUACAUUAGCCUAUGGUGCUAUGUUCAGCAAAGUCUGGCGUGUGCAUCGUUUUACAACAAAAGCAAAAACUGAUCCAAAAAAAAAAGUCGAACCAUGGAAGCUUUACACCAUGGUCUCCGGCCUGUUGUCUGUAGAUUUAGUUAUACUAUUCGCCUGGCAGAUUUUUGAUCCGUUACAGCGUAUACUUGAAACAUUCCCACUCGAAGACCCUGUAUUAACAUCCGAUGAUAUAAAAAUUCGUCCAGAACUGGAGCAUUGUGAAAGUCAUCACAAUUCAAUGUGGUUAGGCCUCGUUUAUGGCUUCAAAGGGCUAAUACUCGUGUUUGGCCUCUUUCUGGCCUACGAAACGCGUUCGAUUAAGGUGAAGCAAAUCAAUGAUUCCCGCUAUGUUGGCAUGAGCAUUUACAAUGUUGUUGUGCUGUGCUUAAUCACAGCGCCUGUGGGCAUGGUCAUCGCAUCGCAACAGGAUGCCUCAUUUGCAUUUGUUGCAUUGGCUGUGAUAUUUUGUUGUUUCCUAAGUAUGUUGCUGAUAUUUGUGCCAAAGGUCAUUGAAGUGAUACGCCAUCCAAAGGACAAAGCUGAAUCAAAGUACAAUCCCGACUCUGGUAUAUCGAAAGAGGAUGAGGAGCGUUAUCAGAAAUUGGUUACUGAAAACGAGGAACUACAACGACUGAUAUCACAGAAAGAGGAGAAGAUCCGCAUACUCAAGCAGCGCCUAGUCGAUUGGGAGGCCACGCACAAGGGCGGCGAGCUGAACGGCAGCAACGGCACAAACGGCAUUUCCAUGGGCGGCAUUGCCACACAUCAUCAGCCCGUGGCGAGCGUCAAUUCCUUAAGCGGUGGCAUGAGUGCAACGCUAAUGGGUGGUGGCGGCGGCAGUGGCAAUGCCGGCUCCGGCUCGGGUUCCACAAACAAUUCACUCAAUCUACAAGCAACGACGUCCUCCUCACAGCACAACACACCUGCCGCCACAUUAGCGAUAACACAAGAUACCCAUGAUCAUCAUACAUGAAAAAACGUGUCAAUUUCCUUCUCGUGAUAGGUAAAAUAUAUGUAAAUUAAAGAAAUAUGCAAGAGAAACGAAAGAAACAAUUUAUUGAAACUAGUUAUUAAUACGUUAUUGUACAAAUUCUAAUUGCAAUUAGUAAAGUGUAAAGUUAAACGUAAGCCUAGUAGUAAGUAGCAAUUAUAUGUGUGUGUGUAAUUGAUAUUGAUGUAGCGGUAAAUUUAAGUACUUAAACUAUAUAAAUAUGCGAGUUAAAACUAAACUAAAUGAUGCGAAUGUAAGUUACUGAAGUGAAAGCAAAGCAGAAAAAAGGAGAACAAAAAAAGAAAAAAACAGAAAUAGAAACAGAAACAGAAAAACACAAAGUGUUAAGCUAAAAAAAUAUAGUUAAAUUAAUUUUAAAACAUAUUUGAAAUAAGAAAUUAUUAAAACCAAAAACAAAAAAGAACAAAAUUACUCACAACUAAAACUAAGCAUGAAAGUUUGUAAAAAAAUGCGUGAAAAGCUCAGAAUUUUAAUUUGAAGCUGAAAAGCAGAAAAAGAUUUGUGUGUUUUCAUAAAGAGUUGUAUCUGUAUUUAUGUAUGUACAUAUAUAUAUAUUAUUUAUAUUAGUUGGUAAAUAGCUAAAUAUGCAAAUAAAUUAACGAAAUUGUUGUAAGCAAUUCUACAAUUGUUAGCGUUAGUCUGUAUUAGUGUUAGUAUUGCUAGGCAAUAGUUUUAGGUAAAUUUUAGGCAAAUGUAGACGCAUAUUAUAGAGUACUAGAAGAGUUGUAUGUAAUAGUAGUGUUAUAAACGGAAAUUGCGUCGCUAGUUAGUAAGCAAAUGAAAUCGUGCGUUUUCUCUUUUCUAAACAAAACUUUCUACCACCAAAUACUAAAGAAACUAUACAAAAAAAAUUGAACACAAAAAUGCCAUAACUUAAUGUUCUAAACAUUUGUAAGACAAUGAAAACUAAGUAGACUAACUAAAAAUAAUAAAUAAAUAAAUAAAAGUAAUAAGUUUCUAAGCUAAAAGUAUGAAUUCUUACUAUUAGAUAU